AGAAGAGGAACUGUAAUUGGUUGCACGAGACCCGAACAAGAGACCGAGAAUCCCGCGAACCGUUUGUGUUUGACCAGCACAGGCCCGUCUUAUUCUUUCGUUAUCUGCGUUCAAGCGAAAGAGUAUUGGAUUGUUCUCUUCUACUCACCUGGUAAAUGUGACUAUGGCAUCAAAGGCAUCUUCCUUGGAGCAGGUUCACUCCGCUCGUUCUCACACCCGAGACCGGAAGACUGAGAUGUCAACCAUCGAAAUCAACACACACACUACUGGAGGAGCUUCUGAAGUGGGCGCACUUUCGUCGACUAAUCCGCAAGAAGAGCUAUCUGAAGCCCGCAACUCGGGAAUUCUGAAAGACCUGUCAUCCCAUCUACUGGAACGCCCUCAAACCGGUAGCACUGGUGCUGGUUCUGGGAACCGCGAAUGUAACUACACCCCUAUCUUCCUCACAGUAGUCGUCUUCCUCUUAAUCAUCAGUUCAAUAUACCUGGCUUAUAAGAACCGCAGCCAUGAAGAGCCCACGCUGUGUAAGACGACUGCGUGCUACUUGUACAGAGACAUGCUUCAAGACUCAAUGAAUCUUGAAGUUAAUCCUUGCAACAAUUUCUAUGAGUACGUCUGCAGCAGGUGGGACAAGAACCAUAACGUCCCGACGUACAAGCAACACUUAAACCAGUUCUUCAGGGCUCUUUUGAAAACGCUCGAAGUAAAAGUAGCGUUUCAGCAUCAAAGUGCUGUAGAGAAAGCAGUUAGCUUCUUUCAGUCGUGUAGAAAAGCUGCAUUUGCACGGGGUCGCAAGAGCGGAGAGUAUGAGACACUAAUGACAAUCUGGGUGAAAUGCGAGAUCCUGUGGCCAAGAGCGAACCAGCACCCCAAUAUUUUGAAGACACUCAUUUGCAUAUUCCAGACCUUCUACCUGAGCAACGUUUUGGGCAUCGAGAAAAGGCACGACACGUCGCUACCGUAUGUGUAUCCAGGUAGCGAGAUCGCAUUUUACGACCACUACACUCAGGCGAUCAAGAAAGUGAAACGAUACCAAGAAUAUUAUGAGAAAUUGACAGAUGUGAUGAAAACAACUGACACGAAAACAGAAGAGAUUCAAACAUACGAGGACUUUCUCCACGUGGAAGAUGUUGUUCAUCGCCACCUCGUAAAAGACGAGUUUUAUGAGGUUAAAUAUGCACGCGUAAAUUCCAGUGAACUCGCUGAAUUCACGCCUAACAUACCUCAGGCAGAGUGGGAAGAAGCGUUCAGAUCUGCAUAUCAACUUGAAAGCCCCCUCGUGGAUAUACUCAAUACAGACUACAUGAGGGCAUUUAAUGACGUACUCAGUCAAAUUGGCGCUGUUGAAUUUCAUCGUUAUAUUGGUUGGAUAAAUGUUCAGCAGUUGGCCCCGUAUAUAAAUCAGGAAUCUCUUUCGAUUUUCCUGGGAAAACGAGAACUCACCGUGGCUGACUUACAGCUGUGCUUGUUCCGCACUGAAUCUUUCAUGGGCUGGGCCACCUUCGCGCGAUACGCAAUUGAUUGUAUGGAUAACAGCACCCGUGAAGACAUCCAUCACAUCAUCGGUGCCAUAGCAAGUAUUCUGUCUACGAAAGUGUCUGCGAGUUCCUGGCAAGUAGACCGGGCCCCAGAUGCUGAUCAAAAUAUUCAACGAAGCUUGAAUGGGCUACUGUUUUACGCGGACAGGUUCGCUCACCCGGAAGACAUGGAUGUGAUACUUUCCAACAUAAGCGACAUGGGUGGUCACCUGUUGCUGAACUGGAUGAAUGCAGCUAAGGGCUUCACCCAAACAGACCCUUAUCUUUUCUUUUCAAUCAUUACUUUUUUCCAGCGACAGAUGGACGUGGGAUAUUACACUUUCUGGAACAGCAUCCAGACGACGUUCUUGAUGCCGCCUUACGUUUCGAUGCUACCGGUCUACAACAGGGACAUCAACGACGCGGUCAAGUACGGCGCUCUAGGAACUUUGAUAGCAGACGCUGCAACGGAGCUCCUGUACCGCAAUUAUCCGUCCAUACGACUCAAAGAAUGGCUGUGUUUAAGUGACUCUUUAGACGGGGGGGUGUAUGACAGAGAUGUCGUCACUUCUGCACUGUCCUUGCACAUUGCCUGGGAAGCAUUCCAAACUGCUCCUUCGUCCACACGUCGUCUGCUACCAGAUUUGCAGGACACUCAACUCUUCUUCGUGGCUGCCUGUUUUCUGAUGUGUGGAGGGAGCGAUGUGAAACGGUUUGUACGCAAGUGCAAUGAACCACUGAAGCACAGCUUGGCGUUCUCGACAGCGUUUCUGUGUCCCGAACAUUCCCCAAUGAACGCUAAAGAGAAAUGUGCCUUCUUUUAAUACACGAAUUAGUAGACCAUUGACUGCAUGGUGCUACGCGGAUAAUUUUUCAAUGUAUCGUGUAAAUUUUAGUACGCUAUUCGAAAAGAUGUGAUUAGAAAAAUGAUCCGACGGUUAUCUUGUAACAUGACUGCAUCUUCGUGCAUCCCCUAUCGUUGUGUAUCAUAUCGGAAUCGGAUAUUGAGUCAUGGUAACGCGUACUGUCGCUGAUCCUGUGAAUUACCGUAUGAAACGCUCCUCCUCCUCCUCCUCCUACUUUUUUCUCAACAAUGUGUGUCUGUCGAUGCGAUAAUAGUUUUGGGGGAGUUUCCAUCUGGUUAUCAAACAUUUUAGGCGAUUACCCACGAGACAAGGUAUUAACUUCUGUUUUACAGCAGGUAGGCGAGUGAAGUGACACGAAAACAUACCAAACAAAAGGUGUCAAAUAUCAAGGGUGUCGUCUAGCGCACAUCAUGGUGAUUCAGAAAUGUGGAAGUUCAAUUUACCCGUAAUCACAUUGCAGGCACAAAAGACUGGUUAAGACCAAGUGGUAUCUCCAUAUUCCUUCAACCCAAGGCGGGACAUUUGUAAUGAAGGAGGAGGGAGCUGCUGUUAGUCAUGCUUAAUGAAAGUGUAUUUCGCUUAUGUCGAAUGGCGUUACUUUAUUGGUUUAUUUAGACAUGCCUUGCGCGCACAAUAAACAGCUUCGAUCAGAAAGCAUA